UCUUUUGCUUGCUGACUUGUGUGCGUGCAGCCACAGAUCUGACUCAGUUGCUACAGCAAAAGGAAGUAAAAACAUCUCUCUCUUAUACGAACAGGGCCAAUGUGUUACUACAGCCAUGGACUGCAUCAUGAAAGAACUAAAUGGAACAGUAAGAGAGGAAUGUGCGGACCCCAAGGAAGACAUCGAUCAGGCCAUUGAUUUCUUCCAGAUAGAAAUCGAAGAACGAACGUCGAAAGGCCAGGUAAGUCUUUGAAACUGCCUAGUUUGAAAACUAAAAUCUAAAAAUGGAGUACUCAAAGUAAAAUGUGCUUAUUUGCCCUGCUUUUUAGAUGAUGACAAACUCCAGUGAAUGUGCAUGUGAAAGCUGGUCUCAAGCUCCUUUCAGCCAGUUUCUGAACAAAGUGGAAGCCCUACUCCAGUCUGAAAAUGCUGCAGCUUUAUGGUAACGAAAAAAGUGGUCAAGAGUGGUCAAGGCCGUGGACACCUCAGUGUCAAAGCUUCAUCAUCAGCUAACCAGGGAAACACCGCAGCAAGCACAUGCUGCAAAAAAAAGGAGGACUGAAUUUCAUCAAGCGCAUGAUGACACGGCCAACAGCUGAUCACAGCACGUACCGGUGUGUAUCAAGUGGGCAAUCAACAGCCUUACACGUUGAAUUUAAGGCUUUGGAAUAUGUACAUUUAGAAUGAUAAGAAUAUUUAUUUGACAUAUUCUGUUUUUAUCUCACUAUCAUAUUACAAUGAAUGUCUACAAUAUUGUGUUUACUGUAAGAAAAUGUUUAGUGUGCUAAGUUCUCGAUUUCAAAGAAUGAGAAUGUAUUUCAUCUAAGCUGCUGUAGGUGUGAUUUUAUAUUGAUGUACUGUAUAUUUAACAUUAUUUAAAUGCUAUUCAUGGUGGCAUAGAACUUAAGCUAUAACUUAAUAAACUAAUAUAAUUUAACCAAA